AUGCAAAAUGAAUGGUUCGAAUUUUCAGACAACGAAGGAGCAUCAGGCGAGGGUUCUAAAGAUAAAUCACAAGAGCAAGAAUUUAAUGGGUUCUCGAAUGAGAUUAGUGAUGAACCUAUCGAAAUUCCUCGACUUAAGAGAUAUCGAAUAGAAAAAGAUAUUCCUAAUAGAGUUCAAGAUAUUAAAGCUACAGGAUACCAAAAACUUACAAAUGUAAUUAAAAUUUCGAUAUUAUGUAUAUUCAAAUCCAUUGUCUCUCUUUUUAAGAAAGAUUCGUAUUACAAUCAAAAGCUCCAUUCGAAAUCAACAUCCCAAACUGCCAAGAAUAGAGGAACAAAAUAUAGAAGAAUCGACGCUGCCGACGGACCAGCAUGUCUUGACAUGAUGUGUGGAACUUUGAGAGAGGGAAUUUCUAUUCUUAAAGGUCCAGAAGAGGCGAAUCAAAUAUCUUCAGAAGGUGGUAUAGAUGGCUUAUUUUCAAUGUCUCACAAUGGUAUGGAACAUUCAAAUACUCGCCUGGUCUCAAAGAAACUUUUAAAACAAGACAGAGGUAUUCGUACUUCAUCAAAUGUUCCACAUGUCAACCCAAUGCUUACUACAAUAUUCACAUCAUCUACCAUUGGCUCUUGUGCAAUACGUGCUGCUUCAACUUCAAGGAUUGCUCCAGCAAACCCUAAAGUUUCUUUCCAGCACUGGGCCAAUUCUCUCCUAUUGAUUCUUUCUGUUGCAGCGUCAUCAACUAACAUUGAUGGUGUCGUACUCGAUGGUCAUUUGAGAUCGGAAUUUCCAGCACAAGUUCAACUGUUCGAUUCAAUACCUGCCACAGCACUUCAAAUUCCCGUUGGUCGACCUGCUGUCUCUUCAAAUACAUCUAUGAAAGUGGCACCUAGGACUUUAGCAGAUGACACCGUCAAUGAAAUUAUCGAUGCUGGCCAUCCUCGGAUGUUUGAUAUUUCGGGAUACGAUUUUUCUCCGCGUACAGAAUUAUUGGAGCUUCCAAAGAUGUAUCUACGUCAUCUAGAGUUAAAAGAUCUCGCCUUUGCUUCAGGUUUUUUGGAACUUUCUGAUAACCCUGAUUUCGAAUUAGGUGGACUUGACCCUCUCAUUCAAGAUGAUAUCAACCUUAAUUAG